AUGAGUUGAAUAUCUUAUUUGAAUGUAAAAAGUUUUAAAAAUCAUCUAUUUAAUAAUUAUUAUACGAUGGCGAAGAAGUGUUUCGAGUCAGGCUGUACGAAUGAGGUUAAGUAUUCAUGCAAAUGCUCUUCUCCUGAGACUUUAUCUUGUGAAGCGCACAUUGGAAAGCAUGCAAACUUGCCUGAUAGAGCUCAUAACCUUGAAUCAAUAUUUAUCCAGCCUUAUGAAGGCACAAAAGAAGCAAUUCUUGAAUUCCUUACAAUAGAAAAUUCAAAGUACAGCGAGCUGAGAAGAAAAAUCAUAGAUUCUUUUAAGAAUUGCCCAUUUAACUUAAAGAGAAAUUUAAGAGAUUUUAGGAAAAAAUUGGAUGAUUGCUCAGGUGAAAUAAAUGAUUUCUUUGCAAAAAUUUCCCAAGUUAAAAAAGUAUCAAAGCUAGAGCAAGAUCCAAUAUUAGGAUUAUUGGUUUUACAGCCUGGAGAAGCUGUUGAGAAAGUAAAAUUGAUGAUUAUAGCCAUGAAAGAUUGAUACAACAGUGCAAGAUUCUUUUAUAUAAUCACUGAAAAGCUAGCGAGUUUAAAUAGAUCCUUUGUUGAAGAAAAAGGUGGUGCAUAUCUAGAAAAUAUGAAUAUGCAAAAUACUCCUGAAGUGAAUAAAACCAUAGAGUCAGCAAACGUUAAGGAUUCGAUUUCCUUGAUAAUAAAUGAGAACAGUGAGAAAUUAAAAGGGUCUGAAAACGCAAACAGGCCAAUAAAAAAAAGCUUAGAAAGCGAGACAAGUUUGCUUAAUUCUCAAAUAAGCACUGUUUCUAAUUAUCUCAACAGUAAACCCAAAGAAGCAGAAAGUGCUUUAAACCUUAUAGACAUCUUAAGAAAUAAAACAGCUGAGAUUUUGAGUAGGCCAAACAAUCCAGAAUUAGAGAUGGAUUUCAAUACAACUUGCUCAGCAAUUCACAUCCAUUCUCGUUUUUAUGAUCCACCAUUAAUUCAAGCUUGCCAAGAUUAUCUUAAAGCUUAUCACCAAAAAACAUCUCUUUAUAAUAUAGCAGUGGAUGAGGACGACAGAACUAAUUUAAUUAUUUACAACACUGAAACUGAAGCCAGGGAAAUCAAAUUCUUGCAGAUCCCAGAACUAUUAGGCGAUAAAACUUGCAUAACUCAACUUCCAAAUGGCAAGCUAUUCUGUUUUGGUAAUUAUCCAACUUCUGGAAUUGCAGUGCUAAUUGAUGUGAACGGUGAAUUCGAAUUGUUGCCAUCUGGAACUCCUUGCUCUGACUCAUCAUGUAUCUAUUUCAACAGCAGCAUCUAUUGUUUUGGAGGAAAGAAUAAAAAGAGUUAUGCUUUAACUCUAUCUAGUAGAUUUGAUUUAGAUCGAAAUCGAUGAAUUCAAUUAACUUCAAUGCCAGAAGAUGAUGAUGAAUGCCAUACUAUAAUAUUUAAUGGAAAUAUUUUGAUUUCUGGACGGAUUAAUACAAAUAUUUUGUUAUACUCAAUAGAUAUUGAUUCUUUCUCGACAAUUCCUUAUGAGUUUGCAUAUCGGAAAAGAAAGAUCCUGAUAAAUGCAGAGAGACUAUAUUUGAUUGAAUGCCAAAAUGGAUUAAUCUAUGAAAGCGAAGUUGGAAGUUUAUGAAAUUGGAGACGAAUUGGAAAAUCAAUAAUCGAUUGCGCUCCGAAUCAAGCUUAUUGUACAUAUAAUAAAGGAGGAAUAUACAUCUCAACUAUUUUUAGUUCAAUUAGAGAAUAUUAUUAUUUUAAUUUAGAUCAAAAAAUCGCUAUUGAUGUUGCUUAUUAUAAUGAGCAUUUCUCACUUAGAAGAGCAGGUAAAAAGAUUGAAGCAAUAAAGUGCAAUAAUCAGAAUUUUAAACUCGAACCUUAUUAUCUAGAUGAAUGCAAUGUAAAAGAUACUACUCUAGAAUAUUUACUCUUCCCAAUCAUUUAUCAAUAUACAUUAAAAUGGCAGCAACGUGCCAGGAGAAAAACUAGAAGCAAUCGAAUGCUGUGACGAAGUAAUCAAACAGAAUCCAAAAAAUUCUUAUUUAUACAAUAA